AGGGAAUGAGAAUGCGGGAAAGGGAGCAAAAAUCGGGACCGGACCCCUUUCACUGGGACGAAGCAGGUGCUAAGGCAUUCCAUGGACGAGCAGUAUUGAGUCGAUAUGGGAGGGCGCAUGGUCGUGAAACGAAUGGCCGGAGUGGUGCCUAUACGUGGGCUUGUUGGACGAGACUCUGAAAAAGACAUUUUGUGGUUAUAAUGUGGAUAUAAAUUGAAUAAUUUGCCAACGUAUUGUGUGUAUAA